GCAGUGGAAAAAAGAAGCGGACAGCAGGUCGAUCUACGGUUGAAAUUUCAGAAAUUGUUAAUCGGAUUGCUCCACAGGAGGAAAAGCCUUCCUGCUAUGAAGGAUCACUUCUUGGGAUGUGGAUUGGCGACGAUGCAAUUCCAUGUACUCCUGGAAUAUCAAAAGUGCGAUCUAGAACAAAAGCAAAUAGCGUGAGAGGUCUUCGACUGAAAAACAAAGAGGAGGAGCUUAUGAAAUUGGCAAAACAGUUUGAUAAAAACCUAACAGAGGCCAUCCAGGAACAAGAUACUCCUUGCCAAAAUUGUACCCGCCUUCCAUCAGACACAAAGGUGUCAGUCAAAUGUCAAGGCGAUGCACAGGCGGAAGAUCUCCAGCACCUCCUUGGAGAACGUCCUCAGUUUGAUGCGGCUUUGCCCUUCGGAGUGAUUAAGGGGGAUGCAGAGACAGCUGAGCAGUGUGAGCAUAGCGGUGAGAAGCCCAUAGAUCUUGAUGCAGAAGUAGCAUUGAACACUCUUUUUGAUUGUUCUCCCCAGAAGUGCAGCAGCGAGUUGAGCCAGGGUUCUUCAAACAGCGACUUUCACGAUAGCCAAAAUGCCUUGCUAGCGAAAGAGCACAUCUCAGAGGCAACAGCUGGAGCUUACCAUGGACCUGCGGCCGCGGGUGCUCCUCAAAGACAUGGUUCAGCUCCUGCUUCAGACUGUAGGGGACCCAUUAUAGCUGAAAAAACUAAAAUGGUGCUUGAAAAAACCAUUCAAAGUGCAGUUAUUUCUAAGACAGAACCGGCUGUCUCCAGUAACGUCGUCAGUAAUGGCAUUGAGGACUGGGACGCUGACCUGUUGUCAGAUGAUUCAUUUGUAAUGCAGAUUACUCAGAACCCAGAACUGAUAGGUACUCCCCAAAAUGCGUUCCCCGGUACUUUUCAGGACAGCUGUAAAACCAUGGAAAGGACAAUAAAUUUGGACAGACCUAACAGUGCUCGUUAUGCCUUCCCGAAAUCUUUUAAUGAUGUUCCUCAAAAGAGCGAUUUCCGUUUAAAAAACAAUGCGAUAAAUUCUUUUUCAAAAAGCGGCCAGGACAAAAUUUCUGGGUAUAAUUCCAUUCCAGAGAAGCCUGAAAAUAAAAGUGUGACGGAAGGGUUUACUCGGCUUAAAAGUGUGAUUGGUGCUGAAACAAAAGCUGCUUCUGUUUCAGUGCAUUCUAACCUCCCUAAAACACUGACUGGAAAAUUCAGAAGUAAUGGGCUCAGUAUCUACAGUGAACCCUCUGCUAUUUUUUCUCACUCAAAUCCUAAGGACCAGCAGGAACUGGCUAGGCAAGCCUCUUCCAAUCACCUUGGAGCAGUGUUGCCCAAGAAACAUCCUUCAUCAUUCGGCGACUGGAAUGAGCCUCGAAUCUCAGAUGACAUUUUAGACCUGUUCUGCGAAUCCGAUAGCCUUUGGGGUGUGGACUGCGAAGACGACGACUUGUUGUAUCGAGUGUGUGACGAUGUGGAGAGGAAUACUCUGAGCCAAGACGUUGCGAAAGAGAAUGUGAAAACUACACUGGUGGUAGUAAGCGCUGCCAAGUUGGAGGUGGAUCCUGGCCUGGUACCUAAGCAAGGACUGGCUAAUUGCCCGCAGCCCCAGAAGAGCAGGAAAACCUUCUCCUUGAAUGCUCCUCUUACCACUGCAGCACUACUGACGGAUGAGAAUUCUUCUGACUCCUGCCUUCAGCGUGGUUGUGUACCAUUUAAAAAUGUGAGUGUGAACAGCGUUCCAGGGAAAUUGUACAGGUCGAAUUUGGUGCCCGACAGUAGCUUGGCUUCUGGAAGUUGUUCGGCCUCAAUGUCAGACCCAUGUCUGAACACUGAUCAUAGCAUGCAGUGGCAAAAUGUCACUCGUAAUGUGGGGAAGGUACAGAAUGUUAGUAGUUGUAAUCAAGCAUCUAAUGAAAAGUCAAAAUAUGCGUUCAGAAAGAAGAGUAGUUCCCAAGCCCUCAUUUUGGAUAAUAACAGUGUCACCGGGGGAAGCCUUGGUGGAGCCCCCUUGGCUUUGGGGGAAAGCAAGAAUGGACCAAACAUCCUGUUGCCCACAGCAGUACAAGCGAUCCCAAAGACCACCUUUAGGAGGCACCUCUCGGACUCCUUUGCACACUCAGAAAUGGAACAGAAAAACAGGAAGUGUUCCCAAGAAGAAAUUGCAAGGAAAAGGCAAGAAGCUCUUGAACGGAGAAAAUGUAAAAUGCAAGCGUUGCUCAAAAAUACAGCACCCACAUGAAUGU